GGGGGUCUUCACCGGGACCCAAGAUCUCGAAACCUACGAUCACCACUCAGACCACCACCACCACCACCACCAUCAACACCACCACCACCAACACUACGCCAUCGAACAACAGAGGGACAUGGCUAGUAGCAGGAACAGUCCAAUAAUCCAACAGGCAACGAUGGGCUCGAAAAUCUUGGACGGAUACAUGCGAAACCGACCAUUCUUCCAAAAACUAUUCAUGAGCUCAUUUGCCGUUUACAUCGUCCUAGCCACCACCUCCGGCUUAAGACCCAAGAAACGAAACCAAAAACUUGCACCACCUUCGUCAAGUCAGGAUCCUAAACAACAAGUCUCAUCAAAUGAUCCCAAAGCAAUCGGCUCAGUCGGUCGAAGCGCUAAUCGGAAAAGAGCCGCAGCUAGGGUCGAGGUGGAUGCUAAAUUCUUCGCAAGACUUAAUCGCCUCUUGGCUAUCGUCAUCCCUAGUUGGAAGAGUAAAACCGCAUCGCUGCUCGUCAUCCAUUCCGCUUUUCUCAUCUUUAGAACCGUGCUCUCUCUCUAUGUGGCUAGUUUGGACGGGCAGAUCGUCUCCGCUUUGGUUCGUGGAGAAGGCAUCCAAUUCUUAUCUCGGCUGGCAUUAUGGAUGUCGAUCUCGAUUCCAGCGACGUAUACGAAUUCGAUGCUAUCAUAUCUACAAUGCAAGCUAUCGAUAGCCUACCGGAGUCGACUGACCAACCGGAUCCACGACAUGUAUCUCUCAGACACGACGUUCUAUGGGAUCAAUAAUCUCGACGAUCGGAUCGCCAACGUCGACCAACUGAUCACCGUCGAUGUCGCCAAAUUCUCAGACUCGCUCGCUGAGAUCUACAGUAAUCUCGCCAAGCCUGUCUUGGACGUCAUCCUCUAUAAUUGGCAGUUGAGCAAAAACGUGGGGCUUGAAGGCCUUAUCGGCCUCACCAUCAUCGUUCAGGCUUCUGCUGCAUUACUGAGAGCUGUGACACCAUCAUUUGGAAGAUAUGCAUCAGAGGAACAAAAGUUAGAGGGCGAGUUCCGGUUUACGCAUUCCAGAUUGAUUGAGAAUUCGGAAGAGAUCUCGUUCUACAGCUCGCAUCGCUCGUACGAGAUCGAGAAGAACAUCAUCGAGCGCUCAUACUUCAGUCUGAUCAAACAUAUCAACUGGGUGUACAAGGUCAGACUAUGGCAUGGGAUGGUUGAGGAUGGGAUCAUCAAGUGGGUCUGGGGCUCCCUCGGCUUGAUGAUCUGCAGCAUCCCGGUCUUCUUCAACAUCAAUCCUCCUCCCGUCGGCGUCGUCGGUGAGGCGAUCAAAAAGGCGCUCCCUGAUAGUGACAUGGGAGGCCGAACCCAGGGAUUUGUCACCAACCGUCGUCUCUUGUUGUCCGCUUCAGACGCCUUCGGUCGGGUGAUGUACUCGUAUAAAGACGUGAGUGAAUUGGCCGGCUAUACCGCUCGCGUCUCGGAACUGUUCGAUACGAUGGAAAGCAUCAAACGUGGCCAAUACGAGAAACGGAAGGUCGGCUCGGCUAAUACUGAUGACUCCCAAAAACUGCUCCAAAAUCGCGGCCAAGUCGUCGAAUCUGAGGACGAUAUCAUCUUCGAUCAGGUCCCUAUUAUCUCUCCCAAUGGAGACGUGUUAGUUAAGAGUUUAAGUUUCCACGUGAAACCAGGCCAACACCUAUUAAUAGUAGGUCCGAACGGCUGUGGGAAGUCGUCAUUAUUCCGAAUCCUGGGGGGAUUAUGGCCGGUGUAUGGAGGCGUGGUGACGAAGCCGGCCUCCUCUGAAUUCACCUACAUCCCGCAGAGGCCUUAUCUGUCCUUGGGCACCCUCCGGGACCAGUUGAUCUACCCCGACUCGAAGGAACAGAUGGCCAGACGCGGGGUCUCCGACGAGGAUCUGCUCCGGAUCCUCGCGAUCGUCGACUUGGACUCGAUCGUCCAACGCGAAGGCGGUUGGGACGUCGUCAGGGAGUGGAGAGAUGCGCUCAGUGGCGGCGAUAAACAACGUCUGGCUAUCUGUAGACUUUAUUAUCAUUGUCCUAAAUACGCUAUUCUCGACGAAUGCACCUCCGCCGUCACCCUGGAUGUGGAGAAGAUCAUGUACGAACAUGCGACCUCACUCGGGAUCACUCUCUUGACGGUCUCGCAUCGGCCCUCGUUAUGGAAAUACCACAAGUAUAUCUUGCAAUACGACGGCGAGGGCGGAUAUUGUUUCACUCAAUUGGACGCUGAGAAACGGUUGGCUUUGCAGGAAGAGAAACAAGCGUUGGAGCAGAAGUUGUUGGAGAUCCCCAAGCUGGUGGCCCGGCUCGAUCAGCUCAAUGAGACUCGACUCAAGGAUCAGGACCUUCAUCAUCAAUGAUCGUCGGAUCUUACUAUCAGUAUGGCCUCGUUCUGCUCCGAUCCGUCUCCUUGGUGGUUGUUUGUAAUGAAUU